AGUUCACAUAGGAUUGUUACAAAAGCACGGGUUAAAAUGUGUCACAAACAUCAGUACGUUUUGCUUGUCUUCCCUGACUAAUGCAUUAAUCAUUGCAGCAGAGUUAACUGAGUGAUCAAUAGCAACACUAAUACUGGUGACCUGGGCAGUUUUAUGUCCAGUGUUCAGAAACAAUGAAGAUCUGUGUAGAGAUCUCAAUAUCAGGCAUUGUAAAUCCUUCAUAGGCUGUCUGUAGCUUUAUGGUUGUACAUGAGAAGGGCUGUGGGUUACAGCCUCAGAGCACUGGUGCAAGGCAAACAGCGGCUGCUCAGCCCAACCUUGGCAUUUGGAGCUUAAUACUGAGCCGGUUUCAUGCAAUGGGGAACACGGUGGGAAGCGGCAUAUUAUGUGCCAAGAACCUUGCAAAGAAAGAUUUCUUCAGACUUCCUGACCCGUUUGCAAAAGUCGUUGUUGAUGGGUCAGGCCAGUGCCAUUCAACUGACACUGUGAAGAACACAUUGGACCCCAAAUGGAACCAGCAUUACGAUCUGUAUGUUGGGAAGACAGAUUCCAUAACCAUCAGUGUAUGGAACCAUAAAAAAAUCCACAAGAAACAGGGAGCUGGCUUCCUGGGGUGCGUCCGACUCCUCUCCAAUGCCAUCAGCAGGCUAAAAGAUACUGGAUACCAGCGUUUGGAUCUAUGCAAACUAAAUCCCACAGAUACUGAUGCUGUACGAGGCCAAAUAGUGGUCAGUUUACAGACGCGGGACAGAAUAGGCACAGGAGGUUCUGUAGUAGACUGUAGAGGGCUUUUGGAGAAUGAAGGUUUCCCCAUUUUCAGAACGGUUUAUGAAGAUUCCGGACCGGGAAGGCCGCUGAGCUGUUUCAUGGAGGAACCAGCACCAUACACAGACACUACGGGGGCCGCUGGAGGAGGCAACUGUCGCUUCACAGAGUCCCCCAGUCAAGAUCAGAGGCUUCAGGCACAGCGGCUUCGCGCUCCUGAAGUCAGAGGUCAUGCACAGACACCUCAGAACAGACCACAUGGGCACCAGUCGCCUGACCUCCCCGAAGGCUACGAACAAAGAACAACGGUACAGGGCCAGGUUUAUUUUUUGCACACACAGACUGGAGUUAGCACAUGGCAUGACCCAAGGAUACCAAGAGACCUUAACAGUGUGAAUUGUGAUGAACUGGGACCUUUGCCUCCAGGCUGGGAAGUUAGAAGUACGGUUUCAGGAAGAAUAUAUUUUGUAGAUCAUAACAACAGAACCACACAGUUCACAGAUCCACGACUACAUCACAUCAUGAACCAUCAAUGCCAGCUAAAAGAGCCCAGCCAGCAGCCUCUGACAGCUCCAAAUGAGGGAUCACUAGAAGACGGAGAGGAGUUGCCUGCACAGAGAUAUGAAAGAGACUUGGUACAGAAGUUGAAAGUUCUUAGACAUGAGCUCUCUCUUCAGCAACCACAGGCUGGUCACUGUCGCAUCGAAGUAUCCAGAGAGGAGAUAUUUGAGGAAUCCUACCGUCAGAUAAUGAAGAUGAGGCCAAAGGACUUGAAAAAGAGGCUUAUGGUGAAAUUCCGAGGGGAGGAAGGCCUGGAUUAUGGAGGAGUAGCAAGAGAAUGGUUGUAUUUACUAUGCCAUGAAAUGCUGAAUCCCUAUUAUGGACUUUUCCAGUACUCCACAGAUAAUAUUUACAUGCUGCAAAUCAAUCCAGACUCUUCUAUCAAUCCUGACCAUUUGUCUUAUUUCCAUUUUGUUGGUCGGAUAAUGGGUUUGGCUGUGUUCCAUGGACACUACAUCAACGGGGGGUUCACGGUUCCCUUCUACAAACAGCUCCUGGGGAAGCCCAUUCAACUCUCCGAUCUGGAAUCUGUCGACCCAGAGCUACACAAAAGUUUAGUCUGGAUCUUAGAGAACGAUAUCACCCCAGUUCUGGACCAUACAUUUUGUGUGGAACACAACGCUUUUGGGCGGAUUUUACAGCAUGAACUCAAACCAAAUGGCAGGAAUAUUCCAGUGACAGAAGAGAACAAGAAAGAAUAUGUCAGGUUGUAUGUAAAUUGGAGAUUUAUGAGAGGAAUAGAGGCACAGUUCCUGGCUCUGCAGAAAGGUUUUAAUGAACUUAUUCCUCAACAUCUCCUUAAGCCUUUCGACCAGAAGGAACUUGAGCUCAUCAUAGGAGGCCUGGAUAAGAUAGACCUGAAUGACUGGAAGUCAAACACCCGUCUAAAGCACUGCAUGGCAGAUAGCAAUAUUGUGAAGUGGUUCUGGCAAGCAGUGGAAACAUUUGAUGAAGAAAGAAGGGCAAGGCUGCUGCAGUUUGUGACGGGCUCGACGCGUGUCCCACUUCAAGGUUUCAAGGCUUUACAAGGUUCUACAGGCGCUGCAGGACCCAGACUAUUUACCAUCCAUUUAAUAGAUGCAAACACAGACAACCUGCCAAAAGCCCACACUUGCUUUAACCGGAUUGACAUUCCGCCUUACGAGUCAUACGAGAAGCUUUAUGAGAAGCUGUUGACAGCUGUGGAAGAGACAUGUGGGUUUGCUGUGGAGUGAAAAAGCAACCAAAGGAAACAGAUGCUAGCUCAUGGACCACCAAAUCAAAAGCUAGAAGAAGCUUGCUGUGAACUUCCUGCUAAGCUGUCUGAAGCAUCGCAACUUAAAGACAACUUAGAGAUGGGGCCGUUUCCCUUCCGCCGCUGGUGGAUGAGGGUGGGGGUAGGGGCUUUUGUUGGUGGUUUCCAACUUUAUUUCCUCCCCUUCAUUCCAAUAACCCCUUCCCUCUUCCUCCAUCUCCCAUACAACGAAAUGCAGCCAAGUUCAGCACUUGGCUUGGGUUACACAGGAUAUUCUGCUAGAUUUGUAACACAUAUUGUGAUAGGGUCAGUGACUUGUGGGGGAUUUUUUUAAUCAUAGAAUCAAAGUGUAAUUAGGAGUGAGCUUAAUUGGCUGAGGACUUGCAGCUGGUAGAUGUACUUGGUUAGUUUGUCCUAAAUCAAGCUGGAGCCCUUGUAAGAGUCUGAUGGGUGCAGAGUGUCUGACUGGCACUAGGAUUUGCACUGCACAUGUUAAACACCGGUUGAAAAAGUCACCUUCUAGCAGAAGAUACCUCCACGUCACCACUUAACUGAAAGGUAAAGAAAUCCAAGUUCUGCCUUAGCAGGAAGCUCCCAGUGGAAGCUGUGGCUCACCUAGGGAAAAGUGAAGGAAUCUGGGACAGCUUAACUGGUAUUGUAUGAUUUCUUUUUGGUUGUCCUGGCUGAAAUCUGAUUGUUUUGCACACAAACAGUGAUUUCCUCCUGCAGAAUUGCUUUCCAUAGUUCGUUCCGAUGUAAGUACCUUGCAGAGAAGCCUUGUGAGGAGGAGGCAGAGGAUAAAAACCUGUUCCAUCCCAGAGCUGUGAUGUCUGUGCCGCUGGUGUUUUACCCAACGUGUGUUUGUGUGACUUCAACUCCUGAGACUCACUAAGAGCUCAGUUAACAGAGCAGACUUCUGUUCCAAAGGUUUUAGCCUUGGCAAAGGCUGAUUUGGAGGUUGAGAUAAAGGGUAACUAUACAGCGAGUACACUUGAAACGUUAUGGAAAGCUAUGGGAAGAAUUUAUGACUUCAGUUCUGUAGGGAUGAAAAAUAUCUCCAGAGAGCCAUAGAAAGGCUAAUUCCCCCCCCCUUCAAAUAUCAGAAACUAAUACUAAAAGGUUUAUUCUCUAACACUUUGCUAAAACAACUUCCCAGGGGCAACAGAAGCAAAUCAAAUACCUGAAUCACUAACACCUUUUCCAGUUUGCACACCGAGAUGAGACAGUGUUUUAACACGGCUUCAGAAAGACCCAGUGACCUGUCCAACAUGUCUAAACUUAAGUAAAGCAGGCUUGCUUGUAUAGGAUUUUUUUUCUCUUUGGCAAGCCUGGUUUUUAGAGAGAUUCAUUACUGAAACCUGUAACAGAUGUUAUGUUUAUGGAAUAGUGCAUUGAAAUUCAGCUGUGGGUAAGAGAUCGUUCUUAGAAGACGUCUACUUGGAAUACUUCUAUUUUGUCUUUUUUUAAUGGAAUUUGAUAAUAGCUUUAAACUGUGAUAGGACAGAAAGUAGACUCUUGUCAAAACCCUGGCAUCUUUCUCUGUUUUGUUUCUCUGUGGUUUUCUUUUCUUUUCCGUUCACCAUCGUUCUUGUGGUUUGGUGUUGGGAGUGAGGAGCGCAUCGGAGGUGUACAAUUGUACCGUAUUGUGAGGCUUGCACGGGGUGGCUGAAGAUGCUCAUCCAGCAAGACUGUAAGGAGAGGUGUAGUCAGAGCCAUGUCCUGCAGGAAGUUUUUGGCACUUGAGGACCACUUUCUGCAGUUCUGGUUGUUGGGACUACGUGGAUCUUUUGCAGGAGAGAGAGGAAAGAAGCAUCUGUCUGGUCUUGGUUGAGUAGCAGAGUACCCAGGCAUAGAGUGUAUUUAACCCUUUCAGUACAUGUGAAUGUGCAAUAAACCAGUCAGAUAAGACACAUGCAAAAUGGAUUAUUGCCCAAAAGCUUUGCAUGCAGCCUCAUGUGGAUUUUUCACUAAAAGAAUAUUAAACAAGAAGAAAAGCAGAUACUAAAGCCCACCACGAUCCAAAAUCCUAUCAUGCAAGCUCUACGUGCAGCGCAACUGGCUCAGUGAAGACCAAGCGAGGUGAAGACCCUUGGUUUGGAGAUCUACAGGUCAAGUAGCUUUAUGUCAAUGCCAAAGUUGACAUAUGAUAGUCCCUAAUGUCUUUGCUAGGUCAGUGUUUUAUGGAAUGCACAAAAGAAUAGGCAAGGAUUGGUGUUUUGGCAAGUCUGGGGUUCGCUGUAGUUAAAAAAGCCCUUGUGAAGGUACCUCCUCCAUGCUGACAGUAACAGGAAUAGGGCACCGUCUGUUUAAUGAUUUCAGUUCUCUUUUAUAGAGCUUCACCACCUCUCCCAUCGUGUUGUCUUUGCGAUUUCGUGCCACUUCAGUGAUGAUGAAGACAUCUUUUGUGUUGUUCUCUACGUGCAUUUGAGGCAGGCCUUAAAGCUGGUCGGGUGGGUAGAGGGAAAUGAAGCAGAAUGGGGUUUAAGCGAUGGCUUCUUCUUCUACGGCUGGUUACCAGGCCAGGGAAGGAGGAAAUGCAAACAAGGGUUUGCACAAGCUUGAGCCAUUGACUCUCUGUUGGGAUAACCUCCGCUGUCGCAAUUUGUGUGUUCAUUCCCACUUGGUCUGCCAGCACUUGAACUGGUUGUGACUUCUCAAACUUGCCCAAAGAAUAACAUCGAGUCUGGUGUUCGUUAACGUCAUUGUUCCGCCUCGUACACGGAUCCUCUUGGAUCUGACCCGAAGGAGAUGACAAGGUACAGCGUGUCUUUUUGUUCCUGUCCUAAAGGCCAACCUAAAAGCUGGUCCAUUGGCACCACAGACCUUCAGUGCUCGCCCUGAUACCGCUCAUCAGCCUAUAUACUCUACGCUCAGGGAUGUAGGAAACCACCACUUUGCUCGUGUUUUACAUCGCGGAAGAAACGAGACUGGUUCAUGAACGUUGGUGUUAACGCGGGCAUUCCGUUAGAAGAGACCCUGCUUCAGAAAGGCUGCUGGGAGCUCCAGGCAGUGAACUCAGCGUUUACUCCUCAGUGUGUCCUCAGUGCGAGUCGAGGCGGUUGUGAAACCCAACCCACUUUGUACAGCAGAGAUCCAGCCCUUGGGGCCCUCUGGAGCCGGAGCCCAGGUACAGGGGUUCAAGUGUGGCACACAGCAAGUUCCCAGAGACACUGUAUGGAUCUGGUUUUUAAUUCCUUACUUCUUUCGUUGUUCCUCAACCACUUUAUAAUGUGUUUUUUUUCUUCUUCUUUUCUUUCUUUUUUUUUUUUUUAAUUUAUUAUUUUGUAAUGUCCUGUUUAAGUAUUGCUGCUAUCCUUGUUCUUCUUCCCACUGUUUUUAAGGCAGAUUUAUUUUGUGAAAGUUGUACACUAAUGUUUCAUUGUAUGUCUAAAUCAAAGUAUUUAAAGAAAUCCUAGUUCUAUUUAAUGUGGUUAUGGAACCAGCUGGAAUCAACAGUGAUUGUAUAGUAGGCUGGACCCAGGAGGUCAUGUUCAUUUUUGUUACAUAUGCAAUAAACUCACGACUUUAAA